UACGUGGACCGCCUGAGAGGCAAGACACUGGGCACACUCAUCCCUGCUGCCGACAUAGCAAAGAAGAAACGGAGUGAUACGUGAUGCAGUUCUAGCUCGUAGCCUGCGUCUGCCAAUUCCCCAUUUGUUCUAUAUUAUUAUUUCGAAGGCAGCUAUCCGUCAUGACUGUUCUUACUAGGUUCGGCCACGUCGCUUAUUUGACCUGUUCCGGUUGACAGAAAUGUAACGAUGCGGUAGCCUGUCGGGUACGAUAGCCAGGCUAGUUCGCGGCUAGCAGCAAGUUAGUUAGCAAUAGCUCAGGCCAAGCUAGGCUAAGGGAAGCACGGUUGCCAAGCUACAUUCUCGAGCUGCAGGCGUCCCUUCCAUGGCCAUUUAUAUUUUAUGUGUGGUUAAAACACUCCCGUCGGCUUAAGGCGAAGAUGCUUGUUGUUCCUCGUUACUGAAGACGAUCUCUGUCUGCUACCGUUAGCUAGCCGGGCUCCAGUAAGACCAUGGCAGAUGAAAAUACUCAGUUUUGUGGCAACUGCAAACACGCCAUUCCAGAGGCAAAUUUCACUACCCAUGAGAUCCACUGUAGAAGAAACAUUGCACUUUGUGAUGUGUGCCAGGAGCCGGUGCCACGCUCAGAUCUGCAGGAGCACAAGCAACAGGAACAUAUCCAGAUAACAUGCAAGUGUGGACUCAAGAUUAAUAAGAAUCAAAUUGAAGAUCACCAGAACUCUGACUGCUCUCAGAGAUUGGUGGCGUGCCAGUACUGUGAACUGGAGAUUGCCUUCAGUCAAUCCAGAGAGCAUGAGGAUUACUGUGGAGCUCGCACCGAGCCCUGUUCACAGUGCAAGUGCAAUGUCAUGUUGAGGGAAAAAGCCCUGCAUCCAAUGUUAUGCGGUAGUCCCACGCUGCUGCAGGAGAGGAACAACAGCUACUCCGGUCGCAAUCCGGCAGACCUGCAUCCUCCCAGGGCCUGGUUUGAAGGCCACUCCAUCCGAAACCCCCUAAGAACCGAAGAGCGAGGGCCUAAAGAAAACAACCUCAGUGCCGAAAAACAUCAGGCUUCUCCGCCCGCUUUUGACUCCACAUUUUAUAACGCUUCAAGGGGACCAAAAGGCAGUGCAGACUGGAAGAAUAUUGCCCCGAGGAAUAUUACAUCAAGCCGAUUAUCUGAACAGAACGACUUCCUGAGUCGCAGUAGUGCCUGGCCACUUCAAGACGAGGAUUCAUCAGGCCUCGACUACAUGUUGGCCCUCAGUUUGCAGACAGACGGAGAUUCCAUGGCUGGUGGUGGAGAGGCCAGUUUGUGGAGUGACAUCUGGGAUCACACGAAGACCUCCGACAGCUCCGUCGGCUGUCAGCUUCCCACACCCAACAACAACUACCCAAACGUCCCCUCUCGCACAAGUGCACUUUUGGACCGUGAUCAAACAGACAUCAUGCUUCCCUGUGAGUUUUGUGAAGAGCUGUUUCCGGAAGAGGACCUCAUUUUGCAUCAGACUGGCUGCAGCCCUGCAUCCGCCUUUGCGUCCUUUAGCAAGCAGCCGGCGUCCCCCCCUAAAGAGGCCAGGAACGCUACGGGAAUGAUGCGCGGCCUUCCUAACACGCUGGCCUCCAACAUCCCCACCUUUCCAGGGUCCGUCUCGCCAGCCUCCUACAGUCCACCAGCCAGCCCACUAGAGGGCGACGUGGUGAUUCCAUGUGAAUUCUGUGGCGUGGCGCUGGAGGAAGCUGUUGUCUUUCAUCAUCAGGACAAAUGCGACAUGCGCCCUCAGACCGCCUUUCCGUUUAACAAUAUAACAAAAGCGUCUGUCAAAAAAACUCCUGCCAAGGACGCGUUUGGACGGACUUCUCCGGAUUUUCACAGCAGAAUAAAGCAGCAAGGUGACCUCUUGGACGAAGAUCUAGGAAUUGACGGAGACCUCCCACCAGGACAACACCAACGGGAACGGCAGAGAGGCUACAUUGGACGGCCGAGUCAGCGAAAAACGUCCAACUGUGAGGUUUCAGCACAAAACAGAGCUCAACAUGGCAGAGAAUCAGAAGAGCCGCUGUCUUCUUUCUUGGACUCUGACAAGCCAGGCUCAGACUAUCUAAAGGGACUGCAUUCAACAGAGAAUAAAGAGGGGAGAGGAAACAGAAGGAAUGUGUUAACAAAGCUCCCCAAGAAGCAAAAUGAAGACCAGCAGGAGGAAUGAGAGCUGCGACAUAUGUGGCAAGAAAGAUGUUUAUUUGCGCUCUGCUUUCCGUUUUUGUCCAUUUUUAGAAAUCAUAAAUAUAUCUGAUAAGUGCCUGUGUCAGCAGCAACACCACUUUACAUUUAACAAUUAAAGGUGAUUUUUGUUAUGAAUAUUAUACUUUACAAUUCGUCUCAGCUGAUAUUAAAAUGGUUGUUUUUGUUAUUUGCUGUAAGCAUUUUUAUUUACCAUCCCUAAUUUGAAUGCAUCUUCAUGUAACCUUAAUACAAUUCAAUUUGUGUGUUUUUAUACUGUUGACUAUACUUUAGUACUUUAGCUAAUACUUGAUGGCUUUCAUCAUAUCCUUAGAAAUGUGUCAACGCUGAGCUGACUUUUCCAGCUGUCUCCUAUUCAGUCUUAAUUUCCAGAAUCUUCUGUCAUGUUUAGCCAAAAGACUAAAUAAAUAAAUGAUUUGGUUUUGUAUAAUAGAAAUGCAACUACAGUAUAUAUACUCUGUUUCCAUGUGCCACAAAUGUCUGAACAUCUGCAGCAAAUCAUUUGUUAAUGAAGAUGAUUAUUUCUGAGUAAAAUGAAUUAUUCAUACCAGAGAGGAGCAAAUGAAUGGUGAAAUCUCCUGGUUUGGUGUUCAUGCAUGUCGAUGAUCAUUCUUUGUGUACUGCGACCAUCCCAAUGCUCUCAUAUCUGUGACUCUCCUUGGGUGUUUUGUAAUGUCAAUAAAUGUUCACGGCUUCA